AUUUUGACUGUAAUUUACCCAAUAUAAGCCUGAAAAAUGAAUGCGCCACCCACCUUUGAGUCAUUCCUGCUCUAUGAAGGCGAGAAAAAAAUCAUCAAAGAACUGGACACAAAAGUGACAAAUGCGGCUAUAUUCACGAUAAAUAAGGAGGAUCACACUCUGGGAAACAUGAUCCGCAACCAAUUGCUGAAGGACCCCAAUGUCUUGUUUGCCGGCUACAAAGUUCCUCAUCCUCUAGAGCACAAGUUCGUUAUUCGGAUUCAGACUACGGCGGACUAUUCCCCACAAGAGGCCUUCAUGAAUGCCAUAACCGAUCUUCUAGCGGAAUUAUCUCUCUUCGAAGAGCGUUUCAAAGAUGCCAUCAAGGAGAAGAAGGAGGGCGGCGAUUAAUUUUAUUUGUACCA